CCAUUAAUGAGUGAAGCCAUUGAAACUUUAUUUAAUAAUAUAAAGAUAAAUGCAGAAAAAAAUAAAACAUUUGAUAUUUAUAAUAUGUAUGCAAGGCUCACCAUGGAUGUUAUAGGGAGAACAGCUUUCGGAAUAAGAACAGAUGUCCAAAAAAAUCAAAAUGAUCUCUUUUUCUUGAAUUGUAAAGCCAUGUUUCAAAAUCCUCUAGAUUUGUUUAGCAUACGUAUAAAAAUAUGUUUUCCUGAAUUGAUGAUCUUUGCUGAUACAAUUACUGUCAUACAAGAUAUGAUAAAUAUGAUAAGAGAAAAACCAUCAGGCAGAGGUCUUCUUUCUAUGGUUUCUGAAGUCAUUAAAAUAAGAAGAAAAGAUGCUACAACAAAACGGCAAGAUUUGUUACAACUCAUGAUUGAUGCUAAUAUGUCUGUUCAGGAUAUGAAAUCUAUUAAAAAUGAUAAUUUAAUGAUUUCUGAAGACUCUGAGUCUGAUGCAAUUUCAAGUUCAACAUCCAAGGGACUGAAACGAUAUAUGACUGAUGAAGAAAUUAAAGCAAAUGCAAUAAUAUUCCUUUUAGCAGGGUAUGAAACAACAAGCACAGCAUUAAGUUUUAUCACUUAUCUUCUUGCUAUUCAUCAAGAUGUGCAAGAGAAAUUAAGGAAUGAAAUAAAUGAAGUUGUUGAAGACGAGACUAAACUGGAUUAUAAUGCUAUUUCUAAGAUGAAAUUUUUAGAUCAAGUAAUUUCAGAAUCACUUAGACUAUACAGUCCUUCACUUACAUUCGUUACAAGAACAACAAAUAGAGACAUAAAAUAUAAAGAUUACUUAAUUCCAAAAGGCUUAGGAAUUCAAAUAGCACUUUGGUCUUUGCAUCAUAAUCCAGAAUAUUGGCCAGAUCCAGAAAAGUUCAUGCCAGAGAGAUUUUCUUCAGAAAACAAAUCUAAAAUUCAACCAAUGUCAUAUCAACCAUUUGGUUCUGGACCAAGAAAUUGUAUUGGAAUGAGAUUUGCACAAUUAGAAGUAAAAAUGGCAAUUGCCAGAAUCAUAAAAUCAUACAAAUUAAUUACAGAAGAGAAGGAAUUAAAAAUAGCAUAUUCAUUUGUGACAUCUCAUCCUAAGCAUGGAGUUAAAAUCAAAGCUGUACCUGUCUAAAUUGUUUCCAAUAGUAUACAAAAAAGCAACAUUGCUAACAAUUGCUGUAAAGAUAAUUUUUUAAAAAUUAUUGAUAAUAUAUGUAACUAUUGUGUAAUUGUCAAAAAUAUUUAAUAAAUAUCAAAUCAUUAAUUAAUAAAGCAU